CUCAGUCACACUCUCACUGGAUUCCUCCAGGCAUUUUACACAGGCUCUAAAAGCACUACCCGAAUAAGCACUCCAACUAUAAACCAUGGCAAGCGGUAAAGUAUGUUUCCUGGCAGCUCUGUGCUCCCUGGUCAUCCUGUCAACCUUUAUCGGCAGCACACAGUCAGCGAGCUGCUGCCUGAGGUACACCAGUCGUCGAUUGCCAUGCCAACGGCUGCUCGGCUACACUGUCCAGACCAUUAACACGUCCUGUGACAUCGAAGCUAUUAUAUUCCACCUCCCAAGAAGGUUCGUGUGUGCUGACCCUUCAAGCAUCGAUACUCAGAGAGAGAUGAAAUGUGUGGAUGAAAGGAGGAAGACGAACCGUAAGAUCAUAGCAAACCGAACCUGAGGCCACGACACAUGAGCUGUAUACGGAAGUUACUGUAUGAAGGAUAUAACUAAUAUUUAAAAGCCUUCGUACACCGAAGUAAAUUAUCAUGUCAUUUUGUUAAAUUAUUAUAUAACAUCUUAUUAUAUAAGAUUGUGUGUUUUAUAAACAGGUAGUAAAUUGUACACUGAAGGUGCAGAGCAUCAUUGGAGAAGUAUAUUUUUGUAAAGACAUUUUAGUAAAGAGGAAUGGAGAGUAAAAGUUUGAAUUGUAAUUUAUAUUGUCAAAGGAUUAAUAAAAACAGAGAUGUUUAAUAAUG